GGUGUAGUGAAAAUGAAGAUCAAAGUUUUAAUAUUGUGUUUUCUUUUACUUGACGUCUUUUCUGUACUUGCCGAUGAUGAGGCAACGAAGACUGAUGAUGAACCAGAAGAGGGUGAAGACAUAGCAGAUGAUGCAGAGGAAGAGGAGCCCGCUGUCUUCAGUCUGAACGAGAAGAACUUUGAUGAUGCCAUAGCAUCUAAUGAGAUGGUCUUAGUGGAGUUUUUUGCUCCAUGGUGUGGUCAUUGUAAGAGUCUGGCCCCAGAGUACGAGAAGGCCGCCAAGCGUCUUAAGAACAACGACCCUCCAGUGGUACUGGCGGCAGUGGAUGCUACAGUGGAAUCAGACCUGGCUCAGAAGUAUGAUGUCAGUGGCUAUCCUACAUUGAAAUGGUUCAAGAAAGGUCAGCAGUUUGACUAUGAUGGACCCAGACAUGAGGACGGCAUUGUCCAGUACAUGCAGGAGAGAGCUGACCCCAAGUGGAAACCCCCUCCAGAGGCUGUGGUCACUCUGACCAAGGACAACUUCCAUGAUGUGGUGGACAAGGAGGAGCUUAUCUUGGUGGAGUUUUAUGCCCCCUGGUGUGGACAUUGUAAACGACUUGCCCCGGAGUACGAGCGGGCGGCACAGGACCUGCAGAAGAAUGACCCUCCUAUCAUUCUGGCCAAAGUGGACGCCACAGUGGAGACGGAGCUGGCCAAAGAGUACGGCGUGGAGGGCUAUCCCACACUGAAGAUGUUCCGCAAGGGGAAAGCUAUGGAGUAUAAAGGGGAGAGAAACCAGUUUGGUAUUGUAGAAUACAUGAAGACACAUCAAGGUCCUGGCUCCAAGGAAAUGAAGACUUUGAAAGAACUGAAAAAUUUCAUGAGUGAAGAUGAUGUGACAGUUGUGGGAUUUUUCAAUAGUGAAGAGGAUGAAGUGUACAAAACAUACCAGGAGUCAUGUGAUGAGAUACGGGAAGACUACAAGUUUGCCCACACUUUUGAUGAAGCAUCAAGGAACCAUUACAAAGUAAAUGCAGGUUCCGUGGUGGUCUUCAAUGCAGAGAGGUUCUACACCAAAUAUGAACCCAAGUGGCACAUACUGAGUGAGAAAUCUCCAUCAGUGAAGGAUCUUCAGGCAUUCUAUGAAAAGCAUCAGCUGCCACUGGUAGGUCACAUGACCCGUUCACAGGAGUCCAAACGCUGGACAAAGCGCCCUCUAUGUGUGAUCUACUUCACUGUGGACUGGAGUAUUGACCACAGAGAUGCCACCAACGCUUGGCGUCUGCGGUUUGCUGACAUUGCCAAGGAAUACCCUGACAUCACAUUUGCUGUGGCUGAUGAAGAGGAUUACAAUGGUCAUCUGAAAGACUUUCAGCUGGACGACUCUGGUGAGGAGCUGGCCAUUGGCUGCUUUGAUUCUAAGGGGAAGAGAUAUGCCAUGGAACCCAUGGAGGAAUAUGAGGCAGACGACUUCAAGGAGUUCUUGGAUAAAUUUCAAAAAGGUGCCAUCAAGCCCGUGGUGAAGUCCCAGCCUGUAGUUAAACAGAAGGGUCCUGUCAAGGUGGUAGUGGGGAAAAACUUUGAAGAAAUUGUCCUGGAUAAGAAGAAAGACGUUCUCAUUGAGUUGUAUGCACCGUGGUGCGGCCAUUGUAAAAAUUUAGAGCCAAAGUACAAAGAACUGGCCAAAAAGGUGAAGAAAGAGAAAAACUUGGUGAUUGCAAAACUUGAUGCCACGGCUAACGAUGUGCCAACAGAAUAUGUCGCUGAAGGUUUUCCUACUAUUUAUUUUGCUCCAGCUAAUAAUAAAGACAAACCAAUAAAAUAUGAGAGUGGGAAUAGAGAGCCAGAAGAUUUUAUAUCAUUCAUGAAACAGCAUGCCUCAGCUGCUUUUAAAAGUGACAAGGAUGAACUUUGACCUGAUGAACUUGUUUAAGAAGGUCAAGGUCAUAAGGCAUUAAAAAAUUAUCUCUGGGUUGCAUAUUAAUAUGCUUCAAAAUGUUGCCAUUCUUGUACCUUCACCAGUUAUGAUGCAUUUAGAGACGUUUCAGUUUUAAGAAGACAGUUUUGAAAAAAGUCUUGUGUGAUGUACUAAUUUCUUGUGAGGACUUAAAACCAGAGAGAGUAAGUGAGUUGGUCUUUACAGGUGUUUCAAGUUUAUUUGCUUAUUUAUUUAAUUUUAAUGGUUUAUUGUUAUUCUUAUUUAGUUGUUAGGUUUUAUACUAUGUCUGGAACUUUUUUUUUUUGUAAGCUCAAAUCAUGCCAAAAAUUGUUUAAGGGGACCAAAUAUAGUAACUGAAAAUUGA